AUGUCCUCUUCCCCUUCAACACCUUCGGGGUAUGAUCUCCACUGGAUGGAUGCUGCUCUGGAAGCGGAAGAUCAGGCUCGACAAGACGCGUCGCGCGCCUCCGCCGCCUCCAAUUCCACGUCUACUACGUCGUCGUUGUCCCCACCUAAUACAUACUCAGACGAAAGUCUGCCAGAUGCCUACCAUACUUUCAUGCCCUUCUCUAGGUCGGCAGGCUCGUACGACCUGCUCCAAUACCCAGUCGCAAAUGCGCUAGAAAUCUUCGCUGAAGAGGCUACCACCAACCCACCCUCAACCAUGGCUGGUGCCGAAUAUACUGAUACGCCCGCCGCCUCCCCUGCGAACUCCUUAGAUGACCUUAACUUCGAAACACUUCUGGAGUACGUCGCUGCCAUGUCCUCUGCCAGCACGCCUGAGUGCAUUGUCGCACCUUACGCCGCUUUCCCUGAGGCUGACGAAGGGCUCCUGUGCAAUCAACUACAAGCACCUUCGCUCCCCGCGCAGUACCCGUAUCACCUCUCAUCCGGCCACGAGGACUUCUACCCACCUUCUGCACUUCCCGGUGGAAUGGCGCCCGAAAAUUGUGAUGUCCCUCAGGUCGCACAUGGAUAUGGGUAUCAAGUCAACAUGCAGGAGAUCGAAGCCAUUUGCGACUCUGUCAAGGCAGAAUAUCUCGCCGUUACGAAGCGGGCGACGCUCUGCACGGAGCCGCUUUCAGCGACGAGGAGGCCGAAUGAGCCUGUCCCGCCCGCGCCAGGAGCUUCUACUUCUACUUCUGCGAAGAGUGUCGGCGCUAUAGGCGAGAAAGGGAAAGGCAGAGCACGAGAUAUGCAAGAGAAUGUUGGAUACAUCCAGGAUGCGACUACUUCUGCCUUCCUGCCCCGCAAGGAAAGCGACGAAUUCGCCCAAUACGACUACCAAGUGUUAUAUUCCGCUUUUCAGGGCGGUAGGCAAGGUGAUGGCGAGAGCGAAUGUGCCCCGGGCAUCCAGUAUAAAUUCAGGAAUACGUACGCAGGCGGGGAACCGUCCAAGAAGCGUAAACGCAUAGACGAGACCGACGCUUCGCUCACGGCAGAUGAGCCAAAACGAAUCAAACGAGUUUAUACCGAGAUCCGUCCUGGUGUCUACUCAUGCUCUCUCUGUGACGAAGAGCUCAAUGCUAAAUCCAAGAAGAAGCAUGGCGGUCAAUGCGGACGCACGGUGUCUGUCUGCAACAUUUGUGGAUAUACCACCGAAAAUCGUCGAAAGGAUUCCUUGGCAGUUCAUCAAAAGACCGCGAAGUGCCGGGCGGCGGCUUCGCUGAGCGAUCGUGCUGCCGUACCUGGCAGUAUUGAUGCUUGGACCGGAGCGUCUUUCAUGGCUCCUAACGCAACCGACGCGAUCGAUGGAGAUCACGGAUACGAUACUAGUGACGGGGAAUUCCAAGCAGGGGGCGAGGGAAACGACGAGAACUCCUGGAAAUACGAGGAGAACGAGGCUGGACCAUCGACAAUUCCCCUCGUAGAUAUGAAGAAUUUGUUGCAUGGCGAGAGGCCCAAUAGGGAUACCUAG